GAAGAUGCCUCCGGAAUCAGUCCAGCACAUCUGCACACACUGGGAAGCCCCUGUCUUCAGGGGGCUUCGUGACCGGGAUGUGACACUGUGUGCUAUUAAGCAAUUGUGUCCGUUUCCUUGUCUCCCUGUUAAAAGGUGGAACUUUGAAUUAUAAAAGCUAUGAGGCUCAGCAUGAUAUGUAACGUCCUUUAAGGGACACGUGAAGAUCUCCAUUCUGUUGUAUUCAGGUUGGUGGGCGUGAAUGAGGGUAUGUGUGUGUGUGACAAGUAUAGCCCUGUGUUCUUCUGUAUGUGACUGCGAAUGUCCUUAACAAAUGUGAUGUGGAGAGCGACGUGAGACCGGGUGUGUCUCCCCGUGCGUCCCCAAGGCUGAAACUGUCAUGGUGUCGCGGUGAGUUUAUGUGCUGGCACCUGUUUGUGUCAAGAUUGUGUGUGAGCCUGUGAGUCGUGGGUGCGUAUGUCUCCAUCAGCUCCCGGCGUGAAUGUGUGUGUGUGCACGCACAACCGCAAUGUGUGCCUCUCUGUGAUGCUGGGUGUGGGUGUGGCAGGAGGGGAAGAUGUAUGUCACUGUGUCUGCGGGGGUCCUGCCUCCGAGCCACCCUCAGCCCGCCCUCCUCCCCUGGCUCCGUGGCUCCCUCCCAAGCAGUGGCCCUGCCCCCCUUCUCCCUCCCAACCGGUCUGUGCAGGGUGGGGGAGCUGGUGCUUCGGCCCCCCCACCCCUCCCCAUCCAGGCCCCAUAAAUAGAAGCAGAGCCGGAGCCGGAGCCGGCGCCAGCGGCUGGAGCAGCAAGGGAGUCAGGGCCAGGGCCAGAGAGCCGGAGAGAGGAGCCCCCGACUAGAGCCCAGGUGUCCCCCUUCCAGUGGCCAGUGUCUGCUCUGUCCCCGCAGAGACAUGUCUGACCCAGAGAUGGCCUGGGUGCCCGAGCCCCCAGCCAUGACGCUGGGGGCCUCGAGAGUGGAGCUGCGGGUGUCCUGCCACGGCCUCCUCGACCGAGACACACUCACCAAGCCCCACCCCUGUGUGCUGCUCAAGCUCCACUCCGAUGAGCAGUGGGUGGAGGUGGAGCGCACAGAGGUGCUGCGCUCCUGCUCCAGCCCCGUCUUCUCCCGGGUGCUGGCCCUGGAGUACUUCUUCGAGGAGAAGCAGCCCCUGCAGUUCCACGUGUUUGACGCCGAGGACGGAUCCACCAGUCCCCGCAACGACACCUUCCUCGGCUCCACCGAGUGCACCCUGGGGCAGAUCGUGUCACAAACCAAGGUCACUAAGCCUCUGCUACUGAAGAAUGGGAAGAACGCGGGCAAGUCCACCAUUACGAUUGUGGCCGAAGAGGUAUCUGGCACCAACGACUAUGUGCAGCUCACCUUCAGAGCCCACAAGCUGGACAACAAGGACCUGUUCAGCAAGUCUGACCCUUUCAUGGAGAUCUAUAAGACCAACGGGGACCAGAGCGACCAGCUGGUCUGGAGGACGGAGGUGGUGAAGAACAAUCUGAACCCCAGCUGGGAGCCAUUCCGUCUGUCCCUGCACUCCUUGUGCAGCUGUGAUAUCCACCGGCCUCUCAAGUUCCUGGUGUAUGACUAUGACUCCAGUGGGAAGCAUGACUUCAUUGGCGAGUUCACCAGCACCUUCCAGGAGAUGCAGGAAGGAACAGCAAACCCUGGGCAGGAGAUGCAGUGGGACUGUAUCAACCCCAAGUACCGGGACAAGAAGAAGAAUUACAAGAGCUCAGGGACCGUAGUGCUGGCCCAGUGCACGGUGGAGAAGGUGCACACCUUCCUGGAUUACAUCAUGGGGGGCUGCCAGAUCAGCUUCACGGUGGCAAUCGACUUCACGGCCUCCAAUGGGGACCCAAGGAGCAGCCAGUCCCUGCACUGCCUGAGUCCCCGCCAGCCCAACCACUACCUGCAGGCCCUGCGUGCAGUGGGAGGCAUCUGCCAGGACUACGACAGUGACAAGCGGUUCCCAGCAUUUGGCUUUGGAGCUCGAAUCCCACCCAACUUCGAGGUGUCCCAUGACUUUGCUAUCAACUUUGACCCUGAAAAUCCUGAAUGUGAAGAGAUCUCAGGGGUCAUUGCCUCCUACCGCCGUUGCCUGCCCCAGAUCCAGCUCUAUGGCCCCACCAACGUGGCCCCCAUCAUCAACCGCGUGGCGGAGCCAGCUCAGCGGGAGCAGAGCACUGGCCAAGCCACGAAGUACUCGGUGCUGCUGGUGCUCACGGACGGUGUGGUGAGCGACAUGGCUGAGACCCGCACCGCCAUCGUGCGCGCCUCCCGCCUGCCCAUGUCCAUCAUCAUUGUGGGCGUGGGCAAUGCCGAUUUCUCUGACAUGAGACUGCUGGACGGCGACGAUGGUACCUUGCGCUGCCCCCGAGGGGUGCCCGCGGCUCGCGACAUCGUCCAGUUCGUGCCGUUCCGGGACUUCAAGGAUGCCUCACCCUCUGCGCUAGCAAAGUGUGUCCUGGCCGAGGUGCCCCGGCAGGUGGUGGAGUACUACGCCAGCCAGGGCAUCAGCCCCGGGCCCCCCAGGCCCUGCACGCCAGCCACGACCCCCAGCCCUAGCCCAUGACUGCCGACAACCUGAUGGACACUCCCUCAGUCUCUCAGUGCCUGUUCUGACCCUUGUGACUCAAGAGACCAUGCCUCUCCCUCUUGGACCAGGUGUGCCCUCUGGGUCCUGGAAGUGAGUGGUGAGCCCCACCCCAUCUCUCCAGGCCCCAGACUCCUCAGCCUCAUGUCCCCUCGGUGACUUUCUUCAGUGAUCCUGACUUUCUGGCCAUUAAUAAAGGAAAGCACUCCUAGCACCUCA